AAAUAGUUUUCAUUGUCUCGUUCAGCUCCCAACUUACUCUUGCCUUACAUAGGUUAUUACAUUACUAUCCGAUGGGCGACCUGGGAAGUAACACAAGGCUACUGAGAUCAGAUCUAGUGGCCAAGUGGUGCAUUGCUGUGCUGAUCUCAGUGGUUUUAGUCGGGCCGAGCACUUGUGCUGCGAAAACCAUGCACUUCAGAUGGGAAGUGGAGUACAAGUUCUGGUCUCCGGACUGUGUCGAAGGCAUCGUGAUGAGCAUCAAUGGGCAGUUUCCGGGGCCGACCAUAAGUGCUGUGGUUGGCGACACCAUCUCCGUCAAGCUCACCAACAAGCUCAGCACCGAGGGUGUUGUUAUCCAUUGGCAUGGGAUCAGACAGUUGGGGACUCCAUGGGCAGAUGGUACAGCCUCCAUCUCGCAGUGCCCCAUCAACCCCGGAGAGACUUUCACUUACAGAUUCAAAGUUGACAAGGUAGGGACGUACUUCUACCAUGGGCAUUACGGGAUGCAGAGAGCGGCGGGUCUAUAUGGGUCGCUGAUAGUGCUGCCGGGAGAAGGAGAGAAAGAGCCCUUCCACUACAACGGCGAGUUCAACCUCUUGCUCAGCGAUUGGUGGCACAAGAGCGCGCGCGAGCAGGAGGUCGGCCUCUCUUCCGUUCCCUUCCGUUGGAUAGGCGAACCUCAGUCACUGCUGAUCAAUGGAAGAGGGCAGUACAAUUGCUCUUUGGCUGCGAGCUACAGCAACUCCACCUCCUCGGCUCAGUGCAUAUUGGGAGGGGGUGAACAAUGUGCUCCUUUCAUUCUUCCUGUGCUCCCAAACAAGACUUACAGGCUCAGGCUCGCCAGCACCACCGCCCUUGCUUCUCUCAACGUGGCCAUUGGGGGUCACAAGAUGGUGGUGGUGGAAGCCGACGGCAACUACGUCCAACCUUUCGCCGUCGACGACCUCGACAUUUACUCCGGCGAUAGCUACUCCGUCCUGAUACACACCGACCAAGACCCCCGCCAAAAUUACUGGAUCGCCAUCGGCGUCAGAGGAAGACAACCCAACACCUCCCAAGCCCUCACCGUCCUCAACUACCUCCCCAACUCCGCCUCCAAGCUCCCCGCCUCGCCGCCUCCGACCACCCCUCUCUGGAACGACUACAACCACAGCAAGUCCUUCUCCACCAAGAUCCUCGCCCUGGUCGGCUCCCCCCGGCCGCCGGCCACCCACGACCGCCGGAUCUUCCUCCUCAACACACAGAACGAGUUCAACGGCCAGACCAAGUGGUCGAUCAACAACGUCUCCCUCUCGCUCCCGCCGACGCCGUACCUCGGCUCGAUCAAGCACAACAUCCUCGGCGCCUUCGACCCGAGGAGCCCGCCGGUGAGCUUCCCGGCGGACUACGACGUGAUGCGGCCGCCGGCGAACCCCAACUCCACCGUGGGGAGCGGAAUCUACACGCUGGAGCUCCACGCGACGGUCGACAUCAUCCUCCAGAACGCGAACGCCCUGGACGCGAACAAGAGCGAGAUCCACCCGUGGCACCUGCACGGGCACGACUUCUGGGUGCUGGGCUACGGGGAGGGGAAGUUCGCGCCGGGGGACGACGACAAGAGGCUGAACCUGAAGAACCCGCCGCUGAGGAACACGGCGGUGAUAUUCCCGUACGGCUGGACCGCCCUGAGGUUCGUGGCGGACAACCCGGGGGCCUGGGCCUUCCACUGCCACAUCGAGCCGCACCUGCACAUGGGCAUGGGGGUCGUGCUCGCGGAGGGAGUGGGUGCGGUGCGGAGGAUGAAGAUGCCGGGCGCGGCUUUCGCCUGCGGUUUGACGGCGAAGAUGGUGGCGAACGACGGCGGCCGUGGCUGAGCCGCGCGCGCCCCCAACAGCGACGAAAGAUGAUAUUGCCGAGUAUGGUUUUGGGUUUGACAAAUAGAGUCAACUAUUAAUUAAGUCC